AUGAUUAUUUCCAGACUGCUGGGCAGUUUUUAUUUGAUUUGUUUUUGUGUGAGCGAUCAAAGAUUAUUAAUAGAUCAAUUAAGAUGGGAUUUUUUGGAAUUGGAAAACGAGAUUUGGAAUAUGUCGUCGAACGGGUUGUUGUACAUGACCCGAGAAGAGGCCGAGCUUUAUUUGUGUGAAAAAAUUCACGAUUUUGACAGGAAAUUAAUGCAGAUGCCCCAAGAUCUCCUAUACGGAUCAGAAGCGAUGAGAGGGUUACCAAAAUUUCCGUCUUUUCACUCAGAAUUAAAAAUGAUCGAAACUUUAUAUCAAAAGUUCAAAGACUACCAGCAACAAGUUAUGGCAGGAAGAUCUGAUAGAGUGUCAUUAGAAAAUAUUACCUAUGAUAUUAAGAACAAUAAAAGCGGUGCUGAAAAGACCGUUGAUGGCGAAUAUGAAAUUUCCUAUGAAGAUCAUAAUGAAAACUUUUAUCAGAAUUUUGAAGACUACUACCAGCAAGAAGUAAUGACAGAAAGUCCUGAUAGAAUGAGCUUGGAAGAUAUUAUCUAUGAUAUUAAGAACAAUAAAAGCGGUGAUGAAAAGACCGUUGAUCGCGAAUAUGAAAUUUCCUAUGAAGAUCAUAAUGAAAACUUUUAUCAGAAUUUUGAAGACUACUACCAGCAAGAAGUAAUGACAGAAAGUCCUGAUAGAAUGAGCUUGGAAGAUAUUAUCUAUGAUAUUCAGAACAAUAAAAGCGGUGCUGACAAGACCGUUGAUCGCGAAUAUGAAAUUUCCUAUGAAGAUCAUAAUGAAACCUUUCAUCAGAAUUUUGAAGACUACUACCAGCAAGAAGUAAUGACAGAAAGUCCUGAUAGAAUGAGAUUGGAAGAUAUUAUCUAUGAUAUUACGAACAAUAAAAGCGGAGCUGAACAGACCAUUGACCGCGCAUAUGAAAUUGCUUAUAAAGAUUCUAAUGGAAUUCAAGAAAGACUCGACAAGUUUGAUUACUCCUGCAUAAACCAUCUACAAUCGCCCCAACAGCCCAUUUACAAUUUAUAUAAUAUGUUUGCUUUGACCGAUCUUAAAGCUUAUAUUCUGCAACAAUUCAGUCAUUUAGUCAAUCGACUUCGAAAUAAAGGCAAGUAG